CCGCGCAGCGCCAGGCCGGGCAGAGCCGGCGCCCGGCCAUGCAAAGGCUGGACACGCCGUCCCCUCGCGUCCAAGGGAAGUGGCACAAUUGAGAGGUGCAGGGAGGCCCCUGCCAGGCUCCUGGGGGGUCGGACUCGCCGGCUGGGGAAGGCCCCGGCCCUCAGCUGCGCCUUGUGCUGCAGGGGUUAGUCCGUAGCGCCAGCCACCCUCCUGCGGCCCACGCCCGCCGGGCAGCAGCCGAGAGGCGACGCGCUGGGAGUUCUGGAUGUUGCUGCCGUGGUGGGAGCGUGCACCGGGGGCCAGUCCCUGGGCCAGCGAAGGCGGGCGGCUGUCCCCGCUCAGAGCACGGCAGCAUGUCCCAGCAGCACUCAGCCAUCUAGGCCGGCCGGCACCGCGGAGGGCCCAGGAUGGAGGCCGGGCACAAGGCGCUGCCAGGCGAGGAGGCCGGGGACGGGCCGGAGGAUGGCGGCGGGGGGUGGAACCACAAAACCAACCCCUUCUGGACGGCCGUCUUCGAUUACGAGGCGGUGGCGGAAGAGGAGCUGACGCUGCGGCGCGGCGACCUGGUGGAGGUGCUCUCCCAGGACUCCACCGUGUCGGGAGACGAGGGCUGGUGGACGGGGAAAAUCGAGGACAGGGUGGGCGUCUUCCCCUGUGACUACGUGGCCAGCGGCCCCCCGGGCGGCUCCUACCCUCUGCCGCUGGAGAUCUCCUUCCAGGAGCUGCUGCUGGACGAGAUCAUCGGGGUGGGGGGCUUCGGGAAGGUCUACAAGGGCGUGUGGCGGGGGGAGGAGGUGGCGGUGAAGGCGGCGCGCCAGGACCCCGACGAGGACAUCAGCACCACGGCCGAGAGCGUCCGGCAGGAGGCCCGGCUCUUCUGCAUGCUGCGCCAUCCCAACAUCAUCGCCCUGAAGGCCGUGUGCCUCCAGCCCCCCAACCUGUGCCUGGUGAUGGAGUACGCCCGGGGCGGCGCCCUCAACCGAGCGCUGGCCGGCAGGAAGGUGCCGCCGCACGUGCUGGUGAACUGGGCCGUGCAGAUCGCCCGCGGCAUGAACUACCUGCACAACGAGGCCGUGGUGCCCAUCAUCCACCGCGACCUGAAAUCCAUCAACGUCCUGAUCCUGGAGAAGAUGGAGGACGGGGAGCUGGGCGGCCGCACGCUGAAGAUCACGGACUUCGGGCUGGCGCGCGAGUGGCACAAGACGACCAAGAUGAGCGCAGCUGGCACCUACGCCUGGAUGGCGCCCGAAGUCAUCCGGCUCUCGCGCUUCUCCAAGAGCAGCGACGUCUGGAGUUUCGGGGUGCUGCUGUGGGAGCUGCUGACCGGGGAGGUGCCGUACCGGGAGAUCGACGCGCUGGCCGUAGCCUACGGUGUGGCCAUGAACAAGCUGACGCUGCCCAUUCCCUCCACCUGCCCCGAGCCCUUCGCCCGCCUGCUGGCAGAGUGCUGGGACCCCGACCCCCACGCCCGGCCGCCCUUCGGGAGCAUCUUGGGGCGGCUGGUGGCCAUCGAGCACUCGGCCAUGUUCUCCAUGGCCCUGGACGCCUUCCACUCGCUGCAGGACGACUGGAAGCGGGAGAUCCAGCACAUGUUCUGUGAGCUGCGCGCCAAGGAAAAGGUCAGUGGGACCCGCCCUGAAAACAGCCCCUCUUGGGUCCCCCCAAGCCUCCCACAACAACUGCGUCAGGCUGCCAGGAGGUCAGGGCGCCCGCGGCUGCCUUGGGGGGGCUCCGGGGGGCUGGGCUCCGGGGCUGAUCCGGCCUCUCUCCCCCCAGGCUUCCAACACACGAUCACGGUGCAGGCGUCGCCCACCCUGGACAAGCGGAAAGGCCCAGGAUCCAACGGCACCAGCCCCCCCGCGAGCCCCGUCGUCAUCCCCCGCCUGCGGGCCAUUCGCCUGACGCCCGUGGAUGGCAGCCAGACGUGGGGCCGCAGCGCGGGGCUGAAGAAGGAGGAGCUGGCGGGGAACAAGAAGAAGGGGCGCACGUGGGGGCCCAGCUCCACGCUGCAGAAGGAGCGUCUCGGCGGGGAGGAGCGGCUGAAGGCGCUGGGCGAGGGCAGCAAGCAGUGGUCGUCCAGCGCCCCCAACCUGGGCAAGUCCCCGAAACGCGCCCCCAUGACUGGGGGCUUCGCCAGCCUGACGGAGAUGGAGGAGUACGUGGAGGUGGAGGGCAGCACCCCCCAGUCCCCGGCUGCUGCCCCCCGGCAGGGCCGGCCCCACAAGCGCAGCGCCUUGGCUCUCCUGGGCUGUGCCUCCGUCCUGGCCUCGGUGGCACUGGGCAGCGACCUGCUGGAGCUGGGCCGGGAGCAGCGGGGGGGUCGUGCCCACGGGGGGGCCGCGCCCAGGGGCCCCAGGGGCCCCCCCAGCUCCGUCACGCUGCUCUCGCUCUCCUCCCUCUCCGACUGCAACUCCACCAAGUCCCUGCUGCCCUCGGACGAGGAGCCGCCCGCCCCGGCCCCCGGACCCGCGGCCUCCCCCCUCGGCGCCCCCCCCGCCCACAACCCCCUGCUGGACCUCCGGGCCGAGAGCUUCAAGAGGGACCCGCGCCAGUCGCUGACGCCCACCCAUGUGACGGCCGCCCAGGCACUGCCCCGCGGGCACCGGCGAACGCCCUCGGACGGGGCCCUGCGCCCGCCCAGCCAGCAGGGGGCGCCCGGGGCAGGCUCCCAGGAGACCCUGGACCCCCCCACGCUCUUCCCGCCCCCGUCGCGGCGCAGGCCCCCCGAGAAGGAACCGGCCGUGGAGCGCCCCAAGACCCUGGAGUUCGCGCCCCGGCCCCGCCCCUCUCCCGCCCGCUCCCGCAUCGACCCCUGGAAACUCGUCUCCUUCGGACGGACUCACCGCUCGUCCCCGGGCAGCGGGUGCGAGACGCAGGGGGAGCUGGGCGGAGGCGGGGGGGAGCGGCCGGACCCCCCCAGCGCCCGCCAGACGCUGCUGGACAUAGACAUGGAGGGGCAGAGCAAGGACAGCACGGUGCCGCUCUGCGGGGGGGCACCGCACGCCGACAGCCUGGAUGUCGACAUGUCCCACUGACCCCCCAGAGCCCAGGGCACCUCCCAUGAAUGUACACCCCCCACAGCCGGCGAGGGGCACCAGGCCUACCUGUGGGGGGGCCCUCGUGGAUGGACCAGCCUCUUUACUCUGCGCCUGCACCACCAUCCCCCACCCUCAGCGGGCUGAGAUCCCACCGCACCCACCAACCGCUCCACAGGCUCUGCUGUGGGAGAAGCUGCUGCCCCCGAGGAGCGGGGUUGGGAAGGGAAUGGUGGGGGGAGGGGAGCAUGUGUAUUUAUUGAUGGGGGGGGUUAAGGACCCCCCCACCCCUAUUUAAAUUCCAUGUGGUGUUUGUAAAAAAAAAAGAAAAGAAA